CAAUUUACCUAGCAAAGAAGAACAUUAAGAGAAAAGGGAUUUUAGAAGAAUAUGAGAAGGAACAUUACAACAUGCUCAAUCAGAAAAUAAACUACAAGUGGGAUUUUGUUAUUAUGCAGGCCAAAGAGCAGUAUAAGGCAGGGAAGGAGCGGAAGAAGGCAGACAGGUACGCCCUGGACUGCCAGGAGAGAGCCUACUGGCUUGUGAACAGGACUCCUCCCGGCAUGCUAGAUGUCCUAGAGUAUGGAUUAGACCGCGUGACGGAUCCCAGUGAAAAUAAGAAAAAAACUAUGGAUGUUUAUAGGAGAGAGAUCAUGUACUAUCAGCAGUCCAUCAUGAAGUCCAGAGUGAAAUCCUCCGUCUCUCUCGGAGGGCUUGUGAAGUACUCUGAGCAGUUCCUCUCCAAUGAUCCUCUCCUGUCUGGAUGUCUCCCCAGCAACCCCUGGUUAACAGAUGACCCUGAGUUCUGGGAUCUCAAUGCAAAACUAGUGGAAAUCCCCACCAAGAUGCGUGUGGAGCGAUGGGCCUUCAACUUCAGUGAGCUGAUCCGAGACCCCAAAGGGCGGCAGAACUUCCAGCUCUUCCUGAAGAAGGAGUUCAGCGGAGAGAAUCUGAGUUUCUGGGAAGCCUGUGAGGAUCUCAAGUAUGGAGACCAAUCCAAGGUCAAAGAAAAAGCAGAAGAAAUUUAUAAGCUCUUCCUGGCUCCAGGAGCGAGGCGCUGGAUUAACAUUGAUGGCACAACAAUGGGCAUCACGGUCAACGGCCUCAAGCACCCUCAUCGUUAUGUUCUAGAUGCUGCUCAGACCCACAUUUACAUGCUGAUGAAAAAGGACUCCUAUGGCCGCUAUUUAAAGUCUCCAGUAUACAAGGAAAUGCUGGCCAAGGCUGUUGUGCCACAAGAGACUGUCAAAAAAAGCUCCAAUUUCCCGUUCGGACGCCGCCACCUUCGCUCCAGCCCCAGCCCCAUCAUCCUGAGGCAGCUGGAGGAAGAGGCCAAAGCCAGAGAAGCUGCCAACACAGUGGACAUCACGCAGGUCAUGAGCAAGCUGGAUCGCAGGAGCCAGCUCAAGCAGGAACCUCCCAAGUAG